GAGAUCUGCAUCAAAGACAGCCGCAAGUUCCACAACCCGCUGCGCUUCACUCUGAGCCGUAUGGAGGCCAAAUGCCAGGACCGUCACCUGCUGAAGCCGUGCCUGAAGGGGCUCCAGCAGGUCACCAGGCUGCUGUACGGCGCCAUGGAUGAGCUGUGGGCGACAUCAGCAGGAACCUGCCCACCGUCUGGGUCCUGCUCUCCAGAGGAUACCAGUCGGGGCGCUACAGCACCCUGUGGGCUCCAGUCUGCGUUCAGCCGCUUACGGCUCCGCAGGAUUACUGAGUUUCUCUGCAGGAGCAGAGCAGGAGAAGCAGGGAUGGGUCUCUGUGGACGGCUGCUGUUGCUGCUGGGGUUCUGCUGGCUGAGUUUGGGUUCAGUUCUGGCUCAGGUCCGACACCCUCUGCCGGUGCUGUGGAUGAUGCCACUGAGCUCCGGGUCGGGCAGGCAGAAUCUGACGGCCGGUGUGGUCCCGGCUGUCCAACUGGCUCUGCAGGAUCUGAAGAAACAACCGCCGCCGCUGGGAGACUACGAGGUCCAGCUGCAGCUGCUGGACUCUCAGUGUGAUCCUGCCAAAGCACUCAAAGCCUUGUUUGACGCCAUGUGGGCGGGGCCAAAGUACCUGUUGCUGAUUGGUGGGGUGUGUCCACCUGUGACAGCGCUCAUCGCUCGCUCCUUACCGGCUCUUCACCUGGUGCAGGUGUCUUUCGCCGCCUCGUCCCCCAGUCUGUCCAACAGGAAGUGGUUCGGGAACCUGUUCAGCACCAUGCCGUCGGACCGAGCUCUGAAUCAGGCCGCUGUGAAGCUGCUGCAGCGCUUCAGGUGGGCCAGAGUCGGUGUCGUCACGCAGGAGGGACCCCGACUCUCCGAGAUGAAGAAGGAUCUGAUCAGACAGCUGCUGAAGGCCGACGUGCAACUUGUGGCCUCAGAAAGUUUCUCUUCAGAUGUCUGCAGCAGCCUGAAGAAGCUGAAGGAUCGAGACGUUCGCAUCAUCAUCACACACUUUGAGGAUGAUUCAGCGUCUGAGGUUUUCUGCUGUGCCUACAGACUGAACCUGUUUGGACCUCGGUACCAGUGGAUCGUGUCUGGAGGAGGAUCAGGCUGGAGGCUCGGCUGGAAGGUCUCCGGCUGCUCGGCCAACAGUCUGCUGACGGCUGCAUACGGAUCCAUCAGGCUGCAGAGCAGACAGCUGAGCAGCACCAACAUAGCCGGAGUCUCUGGACGGACUCCCCAGGAUUACCAGGACACGUACCUGCGACACUUGGACCAGAACUCUGAGCUCAGCCCGCUGCACUCCUUUGCCUACGAUGCUGUUUGGGUCGCAGCCCGAGCUCUGGUUCAGGCCAUGGAGGCACAAAAACAGCGACAGAAGUACAGCCGGAACGUGACGGUUGGCGAGGAGGCGGCGGAGAGGACGCUGGUGGAGGCCCUGAAGAGCUCGCAGUUCCAAGGAGUCACGGGUCCAGUUUCUUUCAGACACGGGGAGAGAAUGACGUUGAUCGAGCUGAUCCAGUUCCAAGGCAGCAGUGGUGUGUUGGUUGGAGAGUUUAACACCAGCAACCAGCAGCUCCGACUGAUCAACCACCUGCUCAGGUUUAAAGGUGGAACACCAGCCAGAGACCAGCCAGAGGUUCGUCGGCAGCAGCGUCAGGUGGACCCUGCAGAUCCAGGCGUUCUGAUUCAUCCGUUCUCAAAGCACUGCAGCAGCACCAACAUGGAGACGUGGAUCAGCGCCGUCUGCACAUACAAAGCUCCUCUGCUGGGUCUCGGCUGUUUCGUUUCCUGGAGCAUCAGGGCUGCAGACGUACCUUUGGUCCGACUCCUGGUUCUGACUGUGUUCGCUGUGACGGUGUUCAGCGUGUCGGGACUGUCGGGGUCGCUGCUGACUUCCCAUGAUCCUACUGUGCAGCUCUUUGUGAGCGGCGUCCUCGUCCUCUGCUGCAACGUCUUCAUCCUGGUUGGACUGUUUGCACCGAAGGUUGUGUCGGUGUGUUUGCGCGGCAGCGAUCUGCAGCUGCCAACGGAGCUGCAGAGUGAAGCUGCAGAGGAUGAAGAUCUGCAGAGCAGGCUAAAGCUGCAGCUGCAGAGUCAGGUUGCACAGCUGGAUGUCCAAAUAGAAACCAUCAUCAUGCAGCUUUGUGAGGAGUCAGAGUUUGAGACGCUUCACCGCCUGACGAAAGAGAAACCAGGUGACCGCCAGCAUCAUGUGACGCAGAAAGGCUGUAAACACAGAUGUGUGAGGUGGACUCAUGAAGCUCAGGUCUGUGCUGGCAUCAGAACCUCUGAGACAGGAGCUUCAGGUGCAGAAGACAUCAACUCACCUGAGCACGUUGGGCGCCGUCUGUCCGUCCAGCUGCCCAUCCUCCAUCACUCCUACCUGCCCAUUAUCGGUGGCGUCAGCAGCUCCAGCAGCUCCAGUCUGUUCGGCAGCCGCGACGCCUUCCUUUACCACCACGACAACUUCCUGUACGCCUGA